AUGGCAACAAUGCAUCUUCUUGAUCCCUCCCACGACGUCUUUGUGCUCCGCAGGAUUUACAUCUUUUUGCCGAUUCCCUCUGUCAGGGGAGCUGCCCUACUGGCCACCUCAGUCAGCAUUGUAAACGUGGUCCACUUCGAGCACUUCAUUGCGCUUGACCAAACCAAAAGCGCGCGCAAUGUUCGUGGCUACGAAGUGAUAUCCGUCGACAUGCUCCGGGAGGAGGUGUGGUUUCGGCACGCCCUGCGCCUGGAAAUGAUGCUUUUGGACAGCAUCCUGUCGCCGCAGAUUGCGAAGCCCAUCAAGGAUAGCAUCAAGAACAAGAUCAUGCUCGAGUUCGAGCGCUCCAUCUCCGGUGGUUCGCAAAGGCCGGAAAACUUCAUGGCCAUCCAGGUACUUCCCGACGUCAGUAUCCUCUCCGCCGACGUGGUUGAGCUGACCACCCAGCUGACCACGAUGGAAAAGUUGGUGAAGGUGCUGUACGACCUCUUCGCCAGAUUCGAUGUGGCUGCCUCUCACUUCCAAGUGCAGCGCCUCAAGUUCCUAGGCGCCUGCUACUAUUGUGUGACGGAUGGUGACCCCGACCACGCCAAGGUGCCGGUGUCCCUGGGCAUUUCCAUGAUUGCCAACAUCCAGGAAGUGCGGUAUGUGAGGCAUUAAGAUUGGGAUUGGGCUCCGGGCUAGAGCUGAUCCCAGGCUUGGAACUCGACAUGUGUGCAGGUGUCAUCGGAGAGGCCAACCUGCAGUUCGACUCUUGGGGUAGGACAAUCAUCUAAGGCGUUCUGAAACAAGUAAUAAUUAAAGUAGCUAAAUCUCCUCAAUGCCGGGCUUUUUAUUAAGUGGGUCCGCCUAAGUAACUUGAAGGCAGACGACUGUACAUCCAAUGAGCACUUACCUUCUCACCGGCGAAUUAUGAAGUGAAACAGACAUUGGGACCAAUUGGGAACACCCAGAUUAAAAGUAAGGCCCCAAUGUCAGAUGAGCCGCGCGAGGAGCUUGACAAGAUGCCAGUUGGGAACUUAAGUAAGUGAUGGACAAUAUGUUUUUCUUUAAUUUUGACAGUGAUGUUAACUUGGUAGAUUCCCUAUUCAUGCUAAAUAUUUUACACAAGUUACUUCAAAGUUUGCCUACCCCACUUAGUCUAAAACUUGUAGCUAUAUGGACCAGCCGGACUUUAUUUACAAUGCUGAUGGCCUGCGGCGUUGGGUGGUGCCUG